UCUUUGAGGGCAAGCAGCAUUUCUUGUACAUGUUUGAAUCCUCCAGAACAGAGUGCUUUGACUCACAGUGGAGAGACAAUAAGAAUUUAUUGUAUGAUGGGAAAUGAGAAAAAUAGCAGCCACUGAAGUCUGACGCAGGUGUUCUUUAAGCCUGUUAUUGAAGACCUGAGCAUGGAAUUGGCCAGAAAAUGCACCGAACUCAUUAGUGAUAUCCAUUAUAAAGAAGAGUAUAAAAAGUCUAAAGACAAGUGUACAUUUGUGACUGACACGCCUAUGCUAAAACAUGUAAAACAUAUUGGCGCUUUUAUUUCUGAGGCAAAAUACAAAGGCACCAUUAAGGCGGACCUUUCCAAUUCUCUUUAUAAGCAGAUGCCAGCCACAAUUGACAGUGUCUUUGCAAGAGAAGUUACACAGCUACAGAGUGAGAUUGCUUACAAGCAGAAGCACGAUGCUGCCAAAGGAUUCUCAGAUUAUGCCCACAUGAAGGAACUGCCUGAGAUCAAACAUGCCAUGGAGGUCAAUAAGCAUCAGAGUCACUUUUUUAUAGAACGCCAUCUCGUCUUGAGAAGAGUGCCUAGAGAAUGGGGUCCCAUCUGUCGUCGUCCCAACACAAUUUUUUAUAGAAAAGAUGUGCAGGACACCCACAUGUAUAAUGCGGAGCUUGACAGACCAGACAUCAAGAUGGCGACACAGAUCUCCAAGAUCAUAAGCAAUGCUGAAUACAAGAAAGGGCAAGGAGUAAUGAAUAAAGAGCCCGCUGUAAUUGGAAGACCAGAUUUUGAACAUGCUGUGGAAGCUUCUAAACUUUCUAGUCAAGUUAAAUACAAAGAAAAAUUUGAUAAUGAAAUGAAGGAUAAGAAACAUCAUUACAAUCCUCUUGAAAGUGCUUCUUUUAGGCAAAGUCAGCUGGCCACUGCCCUGGCGAGUAAUGUGAACUACAAGAAAGACAUUCAAAAUAUGCAUGAUCCAGUUUCAGAUCUCCCAAACUUGUUUUUAAACCAUGCUUUGAAAGCCAGCAAAAUGCUCAGCGGACGAGAGUAUAGAAAGCUUUUUGAGGAAAACAAAGGCAUGUAUCAUUUUGACACGGACGCUGUGGAACACCUGCACCAUAAAGGCAAUGCCAUGCUCCAGAGUCAGGUUAAGUACAAAGAAGAGUAUGAGAAAAAUAAGGGGAAAUCGAUGCUUGAAUUUGUUGAGACACCAUCAUAUCAAGCUUCAAAGGAGGCUCAGAAGAUGCAGAGUGAGAAAGUUUACAGAGAGGAUUUUGAGAAGGAGAUCAAAGGAAGGUCAUCGAUGGAUUUAGACAAGACUCCAGAGUUUUUACAUGUAAAGUACAUCACCAGCCUUCUGAAGGAGAAGGAAUAUAAAAAAGAUUUGGAAAAUGAAAUAAAAGGGAAAGGAAUGGAACUUAAUUCAGAAGUACUUGAUAUUCAGAGAGCAAAACGUGCAUCUGAAAUGGCUAGUGAGAAAGAAUACAAGAAAGAUCUGGAGUCAAAAAUUAAAGGGAAGGGAAUGCAAGUUGGCACUGACACCCUUGGAAUUCAGCAUGCCAAAAGAGCUUCCGAGAUAGCUAGUGAGAAAGAUUAUAAAAGAGAUCUGGAGACUGAAAUUAGAGGGAAAGGCAUGCAGGUGAGCACAGGUACCCUCGAUAUCCAGAGAGCUAAGAAAGCAUCUGAAAUGGCCAGCCAGAAAGAAUAUAAGAAAGACUUAGAAAAUGAAAUUAAAGGGAAAGGAAUGCAAGUGAGCAUGGAUAUCCCGGAUAUGCUUCGAGCCAAGAGGGCAUCUGAAAUCUAUAGCCAGAAAAAGUAUAAAGAUGAGGCAGAGAAGAUGCUUUCUAGCUAUUCUACUGUGGCAGAUACUCCUGAAAUCCAGAGAAUUAAGACAACUCAACAAAACAUUAGUGCGGUGUUUUAUAAGAAAGAAGUAGGAGCUGGCACAGCAGUAAAAGAUACUCCAGAGAUUGAACGAGUGAAGAAAAAUCAGCAGAAUAUUAGUUCAGUAAAAUACAAGGAAGAGAUGAACCAUGGAACAGCCAUUUCUGAUCCACCAGAGCUCAAGAGAGUUAAAGAAAACCAGAAGAACAUCAGCAAUCUCCGGUACAAAGAGCAAUGUUACACAGCAACUCCAGUGAGCAUGACGCCAGAGAUAGAGAGAGUGAGGAAAAACCAGGAGCAUCUGAGCACGGUAAAAUACAGAGGAGAGAUUAAACAGGCAACGGCAAUUUCUGAUCCACCAGAGCUGAAGAGGGUUAAAGAAAACCAGAAGAACCUCAGCAAUGUUUAUUAUAAAGGUCAGCUGGGAAGAGCUACGGCUUUAAGUAUAACUCCUGAAAUGGAAAGAGUAAAGAAGAAUCAAGAAAAUAUUAGUUCGGUAAAAUAUACCCAGGACCAGAGACAGAUGAAAGGUAGACCAAGUCUGAUUUUAGAUACACCUGGUCUCAGACAUGUCAAAGAAGCUCAAAAUCAUAUUUCAAUGGUGAAAUAUCAUGAAGAUUUUGAAAAGACAAAGGGAAGGGGCUUCACUCCUGUUGUGGAUGACCCUGUGACAGAGCGAGUGAGGAAAAACACCCAGGUCGUCAGCGAUGCCGCCUAUAAAGGGGUCCAUCCUCACAUCGUGGAGAUGGACAGGAGACCUGGAAUCAUCGUUGACCUCAAAGUUUGGCGCACAGAUCCUGGCUCCAUCUUCGACAUUGAUCCCCUGGAAGACAAUAUUCAGUCUAGAAGUCUACAUAUGCUCUCUGAAAAGGCGAAUCAUUAUAGGAGACAACGGUCUCGAUCUCAUUCGAGCAGUACUUUUGGUACAGGUCUGGGAGAUGACAAAUCAGAAAUAUCCGAGAUUUACCCUAGCUUUUCGUGCUGCAGUGAGGUAACAAGACCGUCUGAUGAAGGAGCACCUGUUCUUCCUGGAGCCUACCAGCAAAGCCAUUCUCAAGGGUAUGGGUACAUGCAUCAGACCAGCUUGUCAUCCAUGAGGUCAAUGCAGCAUUCACCAAAUCUAAGGACCUACCGAGCCAUGUACGAUUACAGUGCCCAGGAUGAAGAUGAAGUCUCCUUCAGGGAUGGCGACUACAUCGUCAAUGUGCAGCCCAUCGACGACGGCUGGAUGUACGGCACGGUGCAGAGAACUGGGAAAACCGGGAUGCUUCCGGCGAAUUACAUUGAGUUUGUUAAUUAAUCAUUUUUCCUUGCCCUUUGAGCUUUGUUCUAAUGUACACUAAACGUAAUCUUUUUAAAAGAUAGACGAUACUUUUAAGACAACUUGGCAGUUAUUUUACAGUAAUCUAUCCUUCCUUUGACAAUUAGACACGCAGGUACCAGGAAGAAGGAAUGACUUCUGGGCUGAAAACAGCAGCAUUUUCGAUAAUUCGUAUAAACAAAAUAAUUAGGUCUGGAGACCUGGUGCUGCUAAUUGUGUUAAUGGUUUCCUUUGAUUGGCUAUCGUGAACCCUUCUGGGGAAAUGUAUUUUUGUAGACUUUAAUAGAGACGUUGAUUGUCCCUUAAAUGUCACAAGUAUAUGAAAUUUCUUCGCUGUCACUUUGGAAUCACCAGAAGCCAGUCCUCUUAAUCCAGUAACACAGCCGAUGAUUUAAAAACCAUUUAGCUUUUGAGUCACGAGGCAAUUUCCAAUUCAAGUGAAAAUUGCCUAAAUAUAUUAAAUGUAAGCAGUGGCAGAAUGACAGUUUGGUUAAAAUUAUAUUGACUGGUGGCCUUAGGGAUCUAGAAACUUCUACUGAACAAAGAAAUUUCCUUGUUCCCUGGGCCAACUUGGGUCUAUUUAUUUCUCAUUUGUACCAAGGUGUAUCCUACUCUCCAUUUACAUUCUAUGGACCUAAGUAUAUGCUUGGCUGCAUAGAAUGUCAGGACCAAAUAACUUCACAGCUACUCUACAAAGGGCAAAUUUUAAGGUCAUCUAUAUUAUUUCCCUAAUACUAAUAGCCUUUACCCUGUUGCAUGUCAUGUAGGUUCAAGCUUCUGUAACAUAGGCAGCUGCACUGCCUGUUCCUGUUAUUAAAACAAAAAGUGUGGCCGAUAUCUAAAAGCCCUUUCCUCUAGUUGCCAGCUCAUCAGAAAAACAUAACUUGAAAAGUUGCUUGAGAUUCUCUUGCCGCAUUGCACUCUAGAUUUGAAGGAUUUACACCUUAGGAAAUAGAUGUAUACUCUAGCAAAUAAGUGAUUUAGGUGUUUAUUGAACAGCUUUCAUUAACUUAAUGCCGCUAUUGAUUUAAAAGCAAAGAAAACUUCAUAAAAGCCAGUUACAAAGUUGGAAUAUGAAGUGUGCUGGGGGAAGCCAGCGAACAAAAGAUUACCAGCUCUGCACACAGAGACAGGUGAUCUGGUUUCUUAUUUGGGAAAAUGGUAUUCAGAUUCUGGAAUGGAAAUCUAGCCACUGAAACCGCUUAAUGAAAAGACUUCCUUUCCACUUUCUGGUUUUUAUUUUGUAAAUCACAUCCAGGGGUGAGAUUGGGAUGUCACCAGAGAUUUGAGGUACAGGCCCAACAGGUUGUUCAUUAAAAAAGAGAUCGUUGUCACAUUUUCAUUUCCAAAUGAGUGACUUUGCAGGCUCUUGCUGGAUUCACAGCUGUGACCGUCAUGUCGUGAAGUUUUACCUGGAGUCCACAGUCAAGAUCACUGGAGAGACUAAGGUCCAUCAGCAACUCUGUGUUUUUCUGACCAUGCGGUUAGUGAGACUUGCAACAGGGUAGCAGUCAUGUAGGGUCUGACUCUACAGCUGUAAUGAAACUGAAAAAGUAAAGUUACAAAAAUGUAAUCAAAUGUAUGGGCCUUGGGGCUUUCUGCCUUAAUGAUAUAUUCAAAGAAAUUAACAAAAUAUGCUGUAAAACAUCUUCUACUGAAAUGUUUAUUGGUCCAAAGGCAAAUGUUAAUUCAUUUACACCUUUGAAAAGUAAGCACAUCAUUUUGAAAAUCUGUAGUCUUAUUUUUAUCGGGCUAAAAGAGUAAUUAAAUAAGCUUUAUUACAUUCAAGCUGCAUCUACAUGACACUGAUGUAAAAUUGAAAAGAGAAAAAUUCAGGCAAAUAACUAGAGAUUUUUUGAGGGGGUUUUACAUAUUACCACAUAGCCAGCUUGGCUGAUUUUCUAUCAUUGAAAUGACCAGUUGUGAUUCAACUGAUUAAGCCCAUAUCGAUCUUGGUGUCUUAUACAAAAACCUGCAAAGACAAGCGGAACUUGCAAUAUUCUUGCAAAAAUUUCUGUGCAUUAAAACUGAGGGCAAUAAGCUUGCUUAGUUUUAUUAUACCAUUAAGUAAAUAUUUAAGAUUCACCCAGACAGACUACUUUUUUGUGAUUAUAAAAGAGUAGUUGUUGAUUAAAUUUGCAGAUGAAAUGUAAGACGGGUACAAUUUUUGAUAAAUAGCACAUUUACAGGAAGCUCAAAGGAAACCGAUUUGAAAUGAUGAUUAUAAUCGGGGAAGUAACCACAAAGUAACAGCUUGAUGUUACAUUGUUUUUCUCAUCCACUGAUUUCAAAAUCAAAUUCACUGAAUGUAAACGUCAAUACUUAUUUGGGGAAUAAUUCUCCUAAAAUUUUAAGCUUCACAUAAUGUUUGCAUAGUAAAAUGUUUCUGCUUUCCAGCCUUUAGGAAUUAAGAUCGGAUCAGAAUUUAACUAGAGGGCAGUUAUUUUACAAUAAAGACUGAGGGAGAACAAGUUGCACAUGUUCCUGAUGCUGUGAUUUGAUAGUGUUGUCACCAUUACUAAAGCCUGUCAGGAUAUUAAGCAUCUCAGCAGAAAUAUAGGAAACAAUAGAUGUAUAAAACCAAAGUGCUAUUUUUACAGCAUCAUUUUCAAAACUGUAUUCUCGAACAACUUUUCCCCUUUCCACACUCCCCCUCUCGCCUUCGAUUUGGCAGCAGGCAGAUGCUACAUAUAACGCUGACAACUCAAGAAGGGUUUCAAAAACAGUCCUUUUAAAAAUCAAGUUAAAGAAGACUGUGUAAAUGCCCGAGCACAGAGAGCAUGCACCUGAUUUUCUAAAUGUGUUCUCAAACCUGAUAAAAGCACAAGGGCAGUUUGAUACGCUUUUCAAAGUUCCGAAAACAGAGCUGUACGUGGAUCAUCUCUCUCUUGAGAAGAGCAUGGCAACAGAAUAUAUUGCUUUUGGUGUAAGUUUUUGUAGUAGGCGUUUUUACUAAUUCUCGUUCUUUGGGAGAGCUUUCUAUUUCUAACCUGUGGCAAGACAGAGUCUUCAUGUCUUCUUGUGAUUGUUUACACAUCCGCAGUGUAGCCCACUUUGAAAUAUUUAUCUGGUUGUCAGAUCUCCGCGCUGUCCCUGCAUCUUCUCAGGCCUCCCCCACCUCAGAGACCACACAGGAAUUUGCAAGCACAAUUCCCAGGAGCACCUUGUAUGAAUAUAGAUGCGAUUAGACCAGCCCCUCUCUUGCCACCAGGUUCAUUGCAUGAGGAUGACGAAGAUACAGUUUCGCCAGUCUCGCCACAGUCUUUCUUUCCUUAUCCUGCAUGUUGAGCUAGACAACACUCGGGGAUUUGGGAAGCAGACUUUUCUAAACACACAGUGGAAGCUCAAGAGGUGCACCUCUUAUUCAGGUUUGUCCAUCUCCAGUGGAAUGUUUUUGAUGAAAAGAUAAAGAAAAUGUGUGUGAUCCUUUAAUAACACCUCCCUAUAUAAAGUGGAUAUAUUAAUAGUUUAUACGAAAAUUAUAAUAUAGAGAUAUAACAAAAAUAUAGGUGCCUUUUUGAUUACCCUUGUUUAUUCACUGUGGUCUUGGAAAGAAAACCAAGCAAACAAGCUUCUGCCUAUUCUAUAGUAAUAUUUUAUUACAUGAUUGGUAUUUUUUAUGGUGGGGAAGUGAGAUGCUCCUGACAGAUACGAAAGGUGAUAGAUGAUUGUAUUUUACCUUUAGAGGUUUAGAAAAUACUGACUUCUUCCGUCUAUUUCUGAAAGGUUCUUUGUGGAUUUAUAUAUAGUUGAGAUGCAUAAACAUUAACUUUAGGUUUGAGAUUUAAAAUACCUAUUGUAAGAUAGAAGAAUUAUGUUAUGAGGCUGAAUUCAUGAACAAGAUGAAAUUCGCUUCAUAAAUUCAUUAUACCAUAGCUAUUUGCUUCUGAUAAUCUGAAAGUGGCUAGAGUACGGUUGUUUGGGGUAACUCGACAUGGAGGUGAGAAAGCUUUAGUUAAUAAGAAGCUGUGUAAACCAAGUUAAGAAUGCUAAAAUGAAGGUCUGUUUCUGAAGUAUUCCAUGCCCGUUAGGGUUCUUUCCAGGCACUGUCAACCAGUGCUGAUCCAAAAAAAAUCAAGACACUGUAUGAUGCUUCUGUGGCCAUCAUUCCCUGAUCCACAGGCCUGGAGUGACCCCUAAGGCAAAUCUCCUCCCCAGUUGUCCUUGUUACUUCAGUAUCUUCAUGGGAAUUCCAUAUGCUUUUUGUGUUUGAUAUGUGGUAUUCAAUUUGCAUAGUAUAUACUUCUUUGUAAUCCAGUUGCUGUUAAGAAUGAUUUAUCUUAAAGGAAAAGAGAAAACUGCAUCAUAGUUCCCUUCUUCAGUGUUCAUACAGUGAACUGCUGAGCAUUUAGAAGCAGCACCGAGUGUGUUACAGGAGGGGUGUGGAACCGUUGGUCUUUGACCUGUGAUUAAAACCCAAAAUUGAAUCAUUGUGCAGAUUGGCUUCUCUUUGCUUCAAAAUAUGUAGCAUUGUGGUUGAUGAUUCAUUUGCAAGAUUGUUCUAACUUUGAGAGCCUACAGUUUUACAGGAGACACUUCAUGUUUUUAAAAUGAAGGGGCUUACAGAACAAUACAAUGUUAUUAAUGUAAUCUGGCUUUUGUUAUGCAAAUUGUUAACACCAGCUAUUAAAAUAUAUUUUAGUAGAAAUGCUUUAAUUCAUGGUUUUUUCCUCUACACUGUGAAUCUUUAAGCCUUGGUGAACUAGAGCAACAUCGUGCUGCCCACAGGACUAACCUAUGCAAACUAGUUCACAUUUCAGUGGAUGUCACAGUAAUUGUGUAGCAAGACAUUAUUUCCCCCUGCAUAAUGGACAGCGGCAUUGAAAUAACACAUUAAGCCUAGCAUCAUGUAUGUAUAGAUAGUUACUCACAGACCCUUCACGGCUACCGUAAUCAUUAGUAUUACCAUUCGUGUAAGAGCAGAUCGCUGAUUUAUCUGUUAAAACGACGUCAACGAUGUCAGAACAAGAAUGACAGAUGGAUGCGUCGGCCUUGGCUUCCAAGUGGUCCCUGCAAGCGUUCUCCUGUGAUAGAACCGCGUUCUCAGAUGCGCUCUCUCCAGGGUAUUAUUAUUCUGUGUCUUCUUUCUGUAUUUGUAAAACAUUAUAACGCUUUAAUUUCCUAUCUCUACACAUUCGGUUUGCUUAAAUAAAUGCAGGAUAUAACAAAAUGGUCCCACUUGUUGGUUCUCACCUUGGUUUCUUGGAGCAGGGGUCAUUGGUAACACCCUGGGCAUGGGUUUAUCGAGACAACUCACGUCAGAUGGCCUCGAAGGUCUGUGGUGGCCUCAGUGCACUUACCUUGGUGAGUCAUUCAGAAUGUGUCUUCUUCCCCCAAAUAAACUUAGCUUUAAAUUAUAACAAUAUAUGCUUUUGCAAGCUCAAGUCUCCUUCUGAUUUUAUAUCAAAGUACUAUAGUAAUACAUCAUCGUAGUUCACUUCUUUCAAGGUUAAAUUCCUCACAUGUCCUCAAUAGUACAGUUUUAAUUUUCUUGUAUUUGUAAGAUGAAAGAAACAGCUUGCAGC